AUGGCAGUACAACACAUCACAGAGAAUAGCAACAACGACGUGAAGGGUAGCUUCCUAGAAGCGACCUCGUCCGGUAGGGUUCGUCAUGAGCUGCAGGUGACACCAGACCGUCAUCAAGCUACUGCGCUGAAGAACAAACAUCUGCUUAAAAUUACUACCUGGAAUGCUAGAACAAUGAAUAAAGCUGGAAAGUUGGAAAACAUUAAGGAGGAAAUGAACAGAUUGCACAUUAAUAUCAUGGGCAUAUCUGAGAUGAGAUGGACAGGAGCUGGAGCUAUAUCAUCAGAAAACCAUAAGAUCAUAUACUCAGGAGGCGAACAGCACGAACGAGGAGUUGGCAUCAUCGCAGACUCGAAAACAUCUAAGGCUUUACUAGGAUACUGGGUCGUUUCUGACCGCAUUCUGUUGAGCAGUGACGAAGACAUAGACAUAUUUUAUGCCCAGUUAGAUCAGGCAUACUCGCAGUGCAAAUCCCAGGAUAUCAUCAUUGUUAUGGGGGAUUUCAAUGCUAAAGUUGGUAACGAGAGGGUAGACAACAUCGUGGAAGCCAUUGAUUACAUUCUUGUUGAUAAACACUUUCGUAACUCUCUUUUGCAUUCCAAAACGUUACCAGGAGCAGAAUGUUACAGCGAUCAUGUUCCAGUGAUGGGCCGAUUUAGGGCCAAGAUGAGAACACUAAAGAAACCUACCCUAAGGGAACAACUAGAUGUAUCAUUACUCCAGAAAGAUAACACUAUAAAGGAGAAGUAA